GGGGGGGGGGCGGCCCUGGAGCCUGGCGAAGCUCAGUGUGGCCGUGGAGGAGCGGAGCCGGGGCCUGGCGGUGAGGUCAGAGUCUGGGCUCGCCCAACGGCACGCCAAUGGAGACAAGUGGAGGAAAGGAAAAGAUAAAGUGGACAACCACCAUUAUUAUCAGCUCAUCUCUUAAGAGUUAUGAAAUUGCAACUGCCCUAGAAAAUCGAAGCCACAAGGUUCGGUACUCAGAUACAUUGGAAAGAGGAUCGAUUGUCUUCUCUCUGUCUGGAGUUGCAUUUUUAUUGGUGGAUGCUAAGGAAUGUGUAUCAACGGAGGAAAUAUUUCUAACCAAAAUUGAGACGUUUAUUAACAUUCACCAGAAUAGUUUUUUGGUUCUGUUUGCCCCACUGCAUGGGCCUGAAGAAUGGAAUCUCAUGUUCAGGAUUCAUCAGAGGUUUUUGGGCAGUAACUUACGAAUACUUCCUGUACACAACACAGCAAAUGCUGCUGACCUCAUGUGCACUAUAGCUAAGUCACAGAGCAGACGCCUUUGCACGUCGAGGCUGCUGUAAGGGAAGAAAGGACCUUCCACAUGCUGCCACCUGAGCAGCCCCCAGAGUCGGCACUGGGCAAUGCUUUACUGCCAGACUUUACUACAUCUAUCUAUGAACUUUGUGUGGGUAUGUGUGGCAUGGUACAUGUGUGUGUGGGGUCACAGGACAACUUGGAGGAGUUGGUUCUCUUCUUCUACCGCUUGGGCCCCAAAGAUUUAACCGAGGCUUAGGGCUUGGCAGACGGCAAGCACCUAUUGGGCCAUCUUCUCACCUUUCAGAUUUUAAUAACAAUUUAAUUUAAUAAUAAUUUACAAGCUACUUUAAUCAUUGAUAAUUUUAAAUUGUGUCAGUGAGGUAACACCUUACAAAAUAUUUGUUACCAACAAAUAAAAAUUAAACACUAGAAUUGUGCAAUGUGAGCGGAUUCUUUAGGUAACAGCUUUAUUGGUUAAGAAUCAUUUCAAUUACACAAAUAAAGCUUUCAUGGCCUCUCACUUUUGCAUAAAUGAACAUGUACUAAAAUGUGAUAGUUUGGGGCUGAGAGCACUUAGCACUCUAAUAGCACCCACACGGAGGUUCAGAAACACCUGCUCCAUUUCCAAGUGAUCCACCCCCUCUUCUGACUUCCAUGGGCUCAUACACACUUACACAUAAAUGCACACACACACAAAAUAUUUUUAAAAAUAUGAUCAUUUCAGAAUUUAAAUUUCAAACUUAAUAGAAAAUAAAACUACAUGC